GGGCUAAACGGAACGCAACGGAACGGGAGAGCCCCAAACGAAAUUACGAGACGGGAGCAGUUUCAUUUGGCCUCGUCGAGCUCUCGUGUUAUCGCCACAAGCUUCCAAACACCCACCGCUCGCUGCUUUCCUUUCCAAUCCCCAUGGACGCCUCCAAGGAAACCACCCCCGGCGGCGGAGGAGGAGUUGGAGAAGUGAAUCCCAGCGCGGACCAGAACCGGAGCCCCAAUCGCCCUGCCGCGGCAGCCGCUGCAGGAGGAGGAGACGACGACGUGUCGGCCGCUGCGGCGGCGGCUGGGGCGGCUGAUGGGGCGGCGAGGCGGCCGUUCACCGCUUUGAGCCAGGAGGAGGCGGACCUCGCCCUCGCGCGCGUGCUCCAGGAGCAGGAACGGGCUUACAUGAUGCUGAGCGGUUACGGGAGCGGCUACUCGGGCUCGGACGCCGGCAGCUACGACGACUACGAUGACGAGGGGAGCGACUACGAGGAGGAGGAGGAAGGGGCGCUGCCCGGCGGCGGCGACGGGGACGAGGUGGUGGGCGACGCCGAGGUGGACCCCGCGCAGUACGAGGACGACGAGGCGUACGCGCGCGCCCUGCAGGACGCCGAGGAGCGCGAGAUCGCCGGCCGCCUCAUGGCGCUCGCGGGUAUCUCUGAUUUAGGGCAAGGGAUGGAACAUGAUGGCGAAUAUGACGGCGCCUAUGCCGAAGAAGGGGAUAGCGCACAGGAUGCAUGGGAAGAUGUUGAUCCAGAUGAAUACUCUUAUGAGGAACUGGUUGCAUUGGGUGAAGUAGUUGGUACCGAAAGCAGAGGCCUAUCUGCUGAUACUCUGGCUUCAUUACCUUCAGUAACUUACGAGGCAAAAGAUAAGCAAGAUAGCAACACGGAACAGUGUGUUAUUUGUCGUGUGGAAUUUGAGGAAGGUGAAUCAUUGGUCGCACUUCCUUGCAAGCAUUCGUACCAUUCCGAAUGCAUUAACCAGUGGCUGCAAUUAAACAAGGUAUGCCCUAUGUGCAGCGCUGAAGUUUCUACCCCGGGUAACAGCCAGGCAUGACAAUUAUAUUUAUACCGUGGCUGCCGGGCGUUCAAUGGGAAGAAGUAGCAGGCAUUCCUCCGGCAUUGGUGUUCAAGUAUAUGUUUGCAUCAUUCAAAGACACACCAGGGAAAAUGGAACAAAGCCGUGUGUUGGUCUCCCUGUUUGUUCUCUUUCAGCUCAGCACCUGUGGACUUUUCUUUUAUCUUGUGUGUCCUGUUAGACGGUCCUUGUUUGGUCCAUAUAGAUGUAAAAAUAACUAGUCAUCGCUAUUUUAUUAUACUAGCCUAUUCUUUGCUGGAUGAUCCAUUGAUGUAAGAUAUACAGAACUAUAUCUAUAGUCGAUUCUUUUUACAACCGGUUCGCCUGUA